AUGGAGGAGAGGAGUCAGAAGGUUGUAAAUGAUGCGACUUUAAUUAAUAGACUCAUAGGUGCAUUAAAUGGCACAUUAUCUAAGAUACAUAGUAAGCCUCUGGUCAAGCAGUUGGAUGAUGACAUUAAGCCUAUGGCCCAGAGAAUAAACCUACAUGACAACAUUAAUAUUUUAAGUAAAGAGAAACAAAAACACUUCGAGCUGGUCAAGGAAGCCGUCCAAAAAGCCAAGGAUGAUGUCGACGAAUUGUUCGGUGAAAAUGGAGAACAUUUUGAAGAAUCGUAUACCAAAGUCAUUACUAUGAAAUUCGGUCAUCUUGGCGACAGAGUUGAGGUUUUAAAAGCGAAGGAUCCGGGCGACGGCACAAGUGACGACAAUAAAUGCAAACUUGAGAGGGAGGUUGACGAAGUAAAAAAGGCGGUUCUGAAUGUUGAAAAGCUUUACACCGAAAAGUUGACAACGAUAAAAAAGGAAGUUGAUUUGGCGGUAAACCAGGCUGUGAGCCGUCUUCAAACUGUAGAUACUGCAGUGAAGACGGGGCUUCAGGGGGUUAGAGACGAAAUACAUACUCAGUUGGAAGAGUUUGUUGACGGGGUGGGAAAAUGGAUUAAGGAGGGAAUAGAGAGAGCAUCCAGUACGUAUAACGGAUUCAGUGGAGAAAAAAAGGGGCGCCAUCGAAAUGUUUUAAGAAAUCUCAAGGAUGAUGUUAACGGUAAGGUGCCAAAACCUUCCGAGCUGUUGCAGCAACUUCAAAUAACGCUGACCACUGCCCUCGAAACGGAAUUGAAGGCAGUUAUAGACGAGGAUCCAGAUAAAAUAAAACUCAAAGAUCUCAUGCAAGAGUAUCACCAGGAGACGAUGCUGAAUGGCGAUUCCUUUAAGCUCAGGGGUAUGAUAGAAGCGUUUAAAGGGCGUGUUAAAAAUGACGGUUUCAAAGGUGAUGGACACUCAGCCAGUUUCAAACCCGAGGAAAUGAAGGGUUACCAAGACGACAAGACCGGUGGUACGGACCAAGGUGCCAAGCCUAAGUACGAUUGGGCCAUGAAAAACCUAUUCGCUCAGAUUAACGAUCUGGAAUCAUUGCCCGGCGCCAUUGAUGUUGCCAGGCAGGCAACAGAAGAGCUGAUGAGACAGCUUAGUAAAAGUAUUGAAGGCAUUAAAAGCAAGAUUGAGAGCAUAGAACAGGCCGUCACUGACGCCGAUCAGCAACUCGAGGCAUCUAUUGGUACUGUCACUGACGCUUAUAACCAAGCCGAACAGAAAUCCAGAGAAGCCGUCGAACAGUUGAACACUAAUCUGCAGCAGGCCGUCAGAAGAUCAUUUGACCAACUCACCUCCCAAGUUCAAUCCCUCUUCACGAAGCAGAAGCGGGCCGAACUGGCGGCGCUGGAGAGCGUUGUCACGGCGCAGUUGGCGAGGAUAGAAGAGAUUAUCAGGGAGGAUAAGGCGACAGGGGUGAAGGGAUUUCUAAGAGAUUUAAAAGAUGGCAUUACAGAGCAUAUUCUCGACGGUCCGCUGACGGCUUCCACGAAAUUACCGGACCUGGCCACUAAACUGGUAACGUUCUUUGAACCAUUGUUCGAAUAUGUAGAUGACCAAUUAGUGCCAAGGACGCCAGGUACCUCAACUAGGUCACCACAACAGCCUACAGAUCCUAACGCUGCAAAGGUUAGGAAAAUCAGCGGUAAGCUGGCCAUGUUGCUAGCGCAUCUAAUGAAUAAUAAAAACAAAGUAUGCAAUUUUGAAACUCAAUUUAGUAAUGAUUUAGCCUCACUUAUAGAUGCCGUAAACGAGUUUGGUGCUGUUAAAUUCGGUGAAGGCCAGCACCCGGACCUACUUAACAUUGUAAGAACCGGCAUGAAUGACUUUGCCAAGCAGCUGAAAUAUGCCUACAUUAACAUGUAUGAUACUCAAAGUAUUAAGUGGCAAGAGGUUAAAGACGAUGACUUCGUGCUGACCGAAAGCGCAAUGAGAUGCGCGAAAAUAGCCUUGACCACAGUUCCCAUCCUUUUGUCAGAAUUUGAGGUGUUGCUGAAGAACACUAGCAUUGCCGGUGAUUGGUAUACUCUCAGCAUACAUCUACAUAAUAAUAGUAAUGCACUUGGCGCUUUCUUUAAAACUGCCGGCUACGGAGUUCCGAAGAGUGAAGACAUGAGCAAUGAGGAGUUGAAAAACAAGGAAGACUUUUGUGGUGAGCAGAUUCAUGAUCUCCUGGAAGGCCUUGACCACAAGUUGUAUAGUACCAAAAAAUCUUUCCAAAUCAUCGAUGGUCUGCCCAUCGAACACGAGGAGCAGAAUGGUUUGUUACAGAAACUGCAUGGCUGCCUUGUAAAAUACUUCAGCGUCUGUCACCUCACUCACAUCGACAAACCCAGGACGCCGUGCUCCGUUUACGAGAUGCUGGCAUGGUGUGCCGGCCUGCAGUUCAACUCCAUUUUUGAACCACUGUGCUCUUACUUCAAGGAGCUGUUCCAGAAACCCAAGGACCAAAAAGAUGUGCCAUAUGACCAAAUUGAAGAUAGCUCACUCAGCUUAGUCGGCACUAAGACAAUACAUCCUAGCCACUUGGUCACUGCGCUUAACGAUGUAUGUUCCCGAUCUUAUUACGUGCUGGUAGGCAUCCUUGGCAAUGGUCACGCCGACGGUGUUUACGCUUGCGAAUUCCCAAGCAACUCACUCAAUUUGUCGUAUCCGUCUUCUCCAUCACAGUGCUUUGCUAUUCUUGCAGACGUAUUAUGUAGAUUGUAUGAGCAGCUAUAUUUGCUGUAUGAGCAGUGUAAGCAUGGUCAGUUUUGUAGUGGGUGGAAUAAGUGUUGGUACGGCAGGGGAGUCGCCGGCUCAUCGUGGAGUUGUAAUACCCUACAGUGCCCCAACCAAACAGGUGACCAAACGGCUACCCAAAGUACUAACCAAAAGCACAACCAAAGGUGUGACCAAAACUGCAAGCAACAUAGUGACUGUGGCAUUAAAUCGCCGCUUCAGUCCUUCUUAGAAGACGGUCUAGUAGGCUUCCUUCCACAUCAGCUUACAAAAUUAGGCUGUGGAGUGGCAUGUUCAGUUGGUAGUCACAGAGGUCAACCGUGUAUUACACCUAUGGGUUUCCCGGAUCUCAGCGUAAUGGCCUCUCACAGGCAGACGGGCAGGUAUCUAGAGGAGGUGCUUGCAGAUUUCUGUGGCAAACCAGACAAGCCUCUAAGUAAACUUUGCAGUUAUCUAACAUGUAUAUCACAACGCACGCCGCAGACACUUGGCGACCUGUUUGCUUUUUACUUUAAUUUCCUUGACAAGUGGAAUUCCAACGACGGCCACAAACGUUAUGCCUUUAUUAACGCCGUCCAAAGUGCGAACUUUGGGGAUCCGAAAACAACCCUCGAAAUCGGUCCCAUGUUCGGCAGCAGUGACCACGCUGGACAGACGCAUCCCAACGCCGACCUUCACUCGCUUGUCAAAUGCGAAAGCAACAGCGGUGAUGCAUCCCUUCCUUGCGGUCCAUACCUUAUGCCAAUUUGCCGUGACAUUUGGAACACGUUCUCCAGUAAAAACUCCGGUAAAUACUUGUCGUGGAUCGUUUACCUCAGUGAAACGUUCUAUGACCUGUUGAAAAAAUUGUAUGACGACUGCUGUGCAACGUGCGACAGGAAGGGCAGCAGAUGCUACGAAAAACGCUGCAGUGAAACAUGUAAAGUAAAGUACACAGAUAAAGAUGGGCAACCUACUACACUACUCAAAAAUGCCCAGCACACUUCAGACUGCAGUUCCAUCGUCAAAUGCCCGCAUACCUUGCGAACCUUGUCUAAGUAUGGUUUCUAUUUUGGAAGCUCAUGGCGAAUGAGCGGUGAGCGUGGAGAGAAGACUAAGCGCACGUGUAGAGACCUAUGCCAGGCACUGGACAGAGUGCUGAGUAAAAAGAAAGAAGACCGCGCAGCGCUAGCGAAAUUAAUUUACGAGACAAUUCCCAAUUUCUUAUGGAAAAUCAGAGAACCAUUCUCCCUGACAUUGGUCGCCCUCUGGUCGCUGUCGCUCCUGUACCUGCUGCACAUCACCGUCGUCCGCCUCGACGUCCUGAGGAUACGCUCCCACCUGAGAUCACCCUCAAGCCACCGCAUCGCCGCCCAGUCCCUCCUCGCCGCCGCACGCGUCAAGGCACUCGCCAACGUCAAGUACUUCUCACCAUAA